AUGACAAAAAAUAAAAAUAAAACAGGGACAAAUAAUACUAAAGUAGAAACAACAGAUGCAAAGCCAAAGGUUGUAUUAAGAACUUAUAGAGAUACAGAUUAUGAACAAGUAGAAUAUCUUUUUCGAUCAACUCAAGUACCUUUAGUUUAUGAAAGCAUUCGUAGUAAAUUAUGGGCUCUGCCAACAUGGGGUAUUUGGUUUAUCGUUUAUUCGGGACUUUUGAUCAGUAUCCCUAAGGCCAUCACAUUCUGUAUUGGUAAUUUACCUGAAUGGGCCAUGGUGAUUAUCAAGAUUUUUAUUUCCUUCUGUUGGGCAGUGGUCGGAUUUGCCAUCAUCUUUAUUUCAUCGGAUCGCAUUGAAAUUCAAAAUCGUGUUGAUGAAGCCAUGGCUAAUGAUCUUUAUGAUCCAGAUCUUUAUUAUUUAAAUUAUACAAUCAACAAGGAUGGGAAAAAGGUACGUAAAAGUGAGAGUGAGCAAGUUCCUUCUCAUUUCUGGGUAUUAUCGAUUGAUGAUGAAAUCUGUGGUAUGAUUGGCUUAUUAUGCAAUAAUCAAGACCUGGAAGAUCGACGAGAGACUGUGCCUGUCGGAUGGAAACAGUUUAUUAUCGCUGUCUUGGAACUCUUUCGUUUAUCAUCCAUGCCUCCCUUUCUCGAGAAGCAAAGGGCAAACAUAGAUCCUGGCAAUAAAAAUAACUCUAGACGUAUCUUUGCCCGAAAACAAAUUCCUAAAACGGCAACCAUCACUCGUUGGGCGAUUCGGUCAGAUCUUCAAGCCUGUGGACUCUCUAGUUUAUUGAUAAACAGAGCCAUCACUUGGGCUCAUGAACACGAUAUAAAUCGUAUCUAUGCCAUGACAAAUGAAUGUUGUAUGGCAGCUGAACAAAUCUUGACAGGACGUCAUGGAUUUGUGAUUAUGAAGAGAUAUAAUCUUAACUUUUUUGGAGAAUAUAACAAAUUAUUUGCUUGUCGUGUUAAAGAAUGGAUGGAAAAGAAUGGAGAAAAGACAAGAGCAGCAUUUAAAAAAUCCCAAUAA